GAUUCUACCAGGUGGUGGAAGGAGUUGAAAUUAAAAUCACUUAGAAUUCGAAGUUUGUGGACUCUACUUCUACUUUUUUCUUUUCUUCAAUUCCCCACUACAACACAGCAACAGCCCCAGGGCCCAGACUCAAAGAUCCAAAAUCCAAACUUCCAAACCCAGUUUUUUUUUUUUUGUUCUUUAUCUGAACUCUGAAGUAGAAAACCCUCUUCAGUGGAUAACAUUUUGUCUUCUUGCUCCUCCGUAAAUGGAAUGCGACGCCAAACCUAAAUGCCAUGUGGUGGCGGUGCCGUAUCCCGGCCGAGGCCACGUCAACCCAAUGAUGAAUCUCUGCAAGCUCAUCGCCGUCCACCGCCCCGACACAGUCUUCACUUUCAUACUCACUCAAGAGUGGUACGGCUUCAUCGCCGCCGACCCCAAGCCGGAAAACCUCAGAUUCGCCACCGUCCCCAACGUCAUCCCUUCCGAGAUUGGGCGGGCAAAGGACUUCGCCGCCUUCUUCAGGGCCACCCAGACCGAGCUGGAGGCGCCGGUGGAGGAGCUGCUGGAUAGGCUCGACAGGCCUAAGCCCAAUGUGAUUAUACACGACACGUACUUGCCGUGGGUGGUGUCGCUCGGGAUUCGGAAGAAUAUUCCGGUGGCGUCGCUUUUCACCAUGUCGGCGGCCACGCUUUCGGUGUUUCUUCACUGGGAUCUCCUUGUCCAGAACGGCCACUCUCAUAAUCCCAACAUUUCAGAGCGAGUUAACUAUCUUCCCGGAGUUCCAUCCAUUGAAGUGUCAGAUCUUCCCACUCCCGUCCAUGGCAAAGGCAACGAAUUGGUUGAUGAUGUUUUGAAGGUCUUAUCAAUGGUGCCCAAAGCACAAUACCUUUUAUUCGCUUCAGUUUAUGAGCUUGAAGCUCCCGCCAUUGACGCUAUAAAGCAAAGCCUCUCGUCUCUCCCCAUCCACACAAUCGGCCCUGCAAUUCCCUACUUCAGCGCCGCCAUAGACAAAACCCCUUCCAAUUCUUCAGAUCAUAUAAUCAAAUGGCUGGAUUCCCAGCCGGAAAGCUCCGUCGUUUACAUAUCACAGGGAAGCUUUCUUUCCGUCUCGAGUUCUCAGCUGGACGAAAUCGUCGCCGGCGUGCACGGCAGCGGGGUUCGGUUCUUGUGGGUCACACGCGCCGGCGAAGAAUCUCAGUUUCGGAGGGAAAAUAACGCCGGGUGUCUGGUUGUGCGGUGGUGCAACCAGUUCGAGGUGUUGCGCCACCGUGCUGUGGGCGGGUUUUGGUCGCACUGCGGGUGGAACUCGGCGAAAGAGGCGGCGUUCGCCGGCGUGCCCGUGCUCACGUUCCCCAUAUUCUGGGAUCAGACCACCAACAGUAAGAUUAUCGUGGAGGACUGGAAGAUGGGGGUGAAGGUGAAGAGAGGGGAUAAUGGAGGUUUGGUGGGGAGGGGAGAGAUUGGUGGGCUGUUGAAGAGAUUCAUGGAUUUGGAGAAUGCGGAGAUGAAGGAGAUGAGGAGAAGAGCAAAAAUGGUGCAACAAAUAUGUCACACUUCUAUGGAGAAAGGUGGUUCUUCUUAUGUAAACAUUGAUGCUUUCAUCAAAGAAAUUUCAUAGAGAUUUGACCUAAAGUAUGCAUUAGGUUGAUAUAACUCGAUUUAGCUAAGUUGGUAUGACAAUUUACUUGGUAACUACAUGUGUCAUGUUUUAAGUUCGAUUUCAUUGAUAUAACAAUUUACUUGGUAACAAUAUGUGUCAGAUUUUAUGUUUGAUUUUCUAUAAAAGUUAACUAUUAGUCUUUUUUAUU